GAGUGGGCGUUUAGGGUGGGCUUAAACCCGGUCGGGAGGCGGCUUAAGCCCUUUCCGGGCCCUCCUCGCUCUUUUGGUGCCAGCAUGGCCUCCUUCUUGGACCUGGAGAGCUCGGGGGACGGCGAGGAGGUGUCCGGUUGUGCCAGUCACUUCGCCUUCGGAUGCGAGCUGAACAGCACUACCCGAUCCUUCACUUUUCAAGUGAACGAAGAGGAUGACUCUGACCAUUCUCUAGUUCUGAGUACGGUUUGCCUGACAGCAAGUGCCAAAGAUGAAUGCAAUAUUGUGGAGCUUGUGGGACGUGACUACCAGAACAAGGAGAUUAUUGUGCCGGUGGCCAACCUGAAAUCGUCGUGUCUUCCCAUGGUGAGUUUGCACAACUUUGAGCUCGAGCCUCCAGUGACAUUUCGCCUGCGCUCAGGAUCUGGGCCUGUUCACCUUUCAGGACGACACCAAAUCUUUCACAGAAGGGAUCUCUCCGAGUUCAGUGAGGAAGAAGAGCUUAGUGAAGAAGAUGAAUCAGUUGAAGAAGAGGAAGAACUCUCUCCUAUCAAACCAGCAAAGAAGCAACGGUCAUCAUAAUUUGGAGAUUUUAUUAAUCCUGAAGUGAGGUUUUACUCUUCUCCAACUGAAUUUCUUGAACUGUUUGUACAUGUUUUCUGCCUGGAGAUGAUGGAAAUGAAGCUGUGCUGUUGAUUUUGUGAGGAAAGCUGCAGUUUAUGGAACCACCACUGAGUGGCAUACUCAGUUCAAGAACACCGUUCCCUUCCUGCCGCUAAUCAGAUGGAGAAUGCUGGAGGGUUUACAUUUUUGAUGGACUUUAUUUUCUUACUGCGUUCUCCUACAUAAUAAAGGUGUUUAAAGUUUGAAUUUUUAAAAGCAUCUUAAAAUGUGUAUAACUACAGAGAAUAAAGAUUAUGUUUAUUAAGA